AUGCCUGACUACCCAGACCCAUCCAGGCGCCGUAUCAGGGUGAGCCCGAGGUCGAGAUUAGGAUGCAAAACUUGCAAAAUCCGACGGGUCAAAUGUGGAGAAGAAAAGCCAAGUUGUCUUCGAUGCACCAGUACAGGCCGGAAGUGUGAUUUCGAAGACACACAACCAGUCCCAGUGCUUGUCAACUCCCUAUCAUUAUCACCAAACACAGUAUCACGGGAACGACGCGCAUUUGCCUACUACUUUGAAUUUGCAGCUUCAUCUGUGGGUGGUGGGCUUGAUCUUGAUUUCUGGCGCACUGUUGUUCCUCAGGUUUGCCGCAACGAACCUGCCGUGUGGGAUGCUAUCAUCUCCAUCGGUGCUCUCUUUGAGUGUUCUAAAGAAGGGUCCAAUCUUUUCAUCCAGCACCAGGGGAAUCACAAAGCCCUUGAUCAGAAUCAUCAAGAUGUCUUGGCUUGGUACUCACGAUCCGUGUCUGCCAUUCGUCAGCGCAUCGACUGUGGCAGCGUAGACGCCUUUGUCGGACUGAUUAGUUGCAUGCUUUUCAUCUGCAUUGAAGCCCUUCAAGGUGAUGCUGGUGGGGCCUUGAAGCUGUUUAUACAAGGCGUGCGACUUAUCCUUGCUUUGCGCCCCCAAAUAGAUUCAGGGGCUAUACCGCCGAGCAAAGCUGCAUUGCUAGAAGACACAAUUAUCCCAAUAUUCGUCCGUCUGGCGGCUGGUGUUCUAGCUAUUGAUGGAAUCCCAGUGAAUUCUUUACUACGAGACACUGGAACAACAACACUGAUGUUUGAUUCAGUCAAAUCCGCUCGGGCAGCGAUUGUUUCGCUAUCUAUAGAAAUCGGGCUUUUUGAAACUAAAUGCAUGGAUCAUCUGCGACAAGAUGUCUCUGAUAUACCUCAGGAGAUCAUUUCCCAGAAACUUGUCCUGGAAACCAAACUAAGGAGUUGGCACACUGCCUUUGCUGCUUUGACAGAAGUGUUGUGCCACAAAAACAUCUCACCAGAACACAUUGGCACAGCGGCCCUCCUCUCAGCCUAUCACGAAAUGCUUCAUGUCAUACUGGAGACUUGUACAUCUUUGUCUCUCACCAACUUUGAUGCCUUCAUACCAAAUUUCCAAAAUAUUGUUGAACAAUCUGCCAUCGCACUGAAAGCAUCAAGACGACCAGAUGGAACACAGCCCCCCUUCACGUUUGAGAUUGGUGUUGGUAUCCCACUUUGGUUUGCUAGUCUCCGAUGCCGUCACCCAAGAACUCGGCGUGCAGCACUGACUCUGCUCCGCCAGGCCCCUCCAGUUCAAGGGUUUUACCAAUGCUCCAUAGGGACAGCCGUGGGUGAAAGGAUCAUGGAACUCGAAGAGUCGUAUGGGAUGAACAUGAAUGCAACUCAACAAAAUACCAUUACAACAGUACCCCCUGCAGGCCUUCAACUUACUGGACCCUCACAUUCUCCUCCUGUCGAAGUCGGAUUUCGUGCAAAAACAACAGGGUUUAUUCCAGAAGAGGCGCGAAUUGGGCCAAUCGCCAUUUUUAGGCCGCGGGACGGCUUGCCUUUGGGAACAACACAAGAAGAUAUUGCAGAGUGGAAUCGAGGUUCCAGUCAAGUCUAUUUGCGGUUCUCCCGAAACGAGCGCGGUCUGGCUGAUGAUUCUUGGCGAAUGGUGUAUAAAUAUGUUCCCUUUGAUUAUCCUAUGCCGAGUCUGUCCUUUGAGGUGGCUUCUGUUGAAUCAAUACAGUAA